AUGUGGGACGCGCUCGGUCAUCGAAGAGGACACUGCAUUUGCGAUGUAUCCAAGUCAGUCGAGCCUGCCAGGCUCCUAUCAGCACACAACACGGAUGUUAUCGUACUCUCCAUGUCUUCAUAUCGUUACCAACCGCUUUCGUCGACAAAUAACAGUAUACGUCUUCUUCGUCUGAUGCCAAAUCGAGACCCGAACACUGAGAUACAAUGCGAGCUUUUCGAAUACUCGCUACAAGACUCGUGUGAAAGCCAUCUGUACGAGGCUCUCUCCUAUGUGUGGGGUGAUGCAAACAAGAAGUUGCCCGUGAUCAUACACGGACAUCGCUUUGACGCCACUGUCAACCUUCAUGCAGCGCUUUCACGGCUUCGCAAUCACUCGAUAGAACGAAUACUGUGGAUAGAUGCAAUAUGCAUCGACCAACAGAAUACGGCGGAGAAAGAGUACCAGAUCCAAUUCAUGGCAACAAUCUACGCUCGAGCAUACCGUGUGGUUGUCUGGCUUGGAGAAGCAUCGGAUGAUAGCGACCUUGUUUUUGGAGAGAUGCUCCGUGAAGAGGGCAAGACGUCUCCGUUUGGCGCAAAAGCCACAAAGAUCGAUUCAGCGGCCGUUGCGCUACUCAAGCGGCCGUGGUUCCAACGUAUCUGGAUACUGCAGGAAGUUGCCGCAGCCCGGAACAUUGUCGUCAUGUGCGGGCGCGACCGAAUUGACGGGUAUGCCUUCUGCUUGGGCACCGAUGGCUUCAUCGACUCAUAUGAGAUUCCGUUACAAUUGCAGAGCCUCAUACGUUCUGUGAGCUAUCUCAUACGAGGGGCCAUCUUCAGACCUGAGUACUCCCUGACUCAGUCUAGCCGAUCAACAUUGAACAUAUCUCCACUCAGUGAACUGGUAGACAUGUAUCAUGCCAAUCAUGCUACUCAUUGCCACGACAAAGUAUACGCCUUACUCGGUAUGAGUACGGAUAACCUGAGCAAUGGUGACUUGUUGCCAAAUUACCGAAUACCAUGGGCAGAACUUCUGCAACGAUUGGUUAGGCAUGUGAUUUCGGACGAAGUAUCUGUGGAAACGUGGGGGGAAAAUCAGGCAGCAGUGAUCAAGAGUGGAGGCUGGAUCGUUGGCGAAAUCAUUUCAGUGAAGAUUGAUCCAGUUAGAGGUGACAGGUAUCGUGUUGAAGUUUUGCUCUUCGGAAUUCCGCUGCAGAGUGGAUUGUUAGCAAACGUCAAAUACCACUGGACUCUACAAACAACAUCGAACAGUAUUCACACCGGUGAUCUCAUAUGUCGUCUGAGAGGAGCUUCGAAACCUACAAUAGUCAGACUUGGCAGAGACUAUUUCAAGAUCAUCAUGGUUGCAGUCAAGUUGAUCGAAGAGGAACUCAAAUACGAGCAGUCUGCUAGCCCUUCGAUAGGCUGGACUACCCCAGUGCUUCCCCAGCGCACCUUUCUACUCCUCUGGGACUGGGAGCAAAGCCUCAGGAAGACGCUGCACUCCGAAUACUACGAGACAUGGAUACGGAUGACUGACUGGGAAUCGGAGAAGGCAAAACUUGAAAUAGAAAGCCACUUGGCCCGAGCGAAGAGAUUGUGGAACGUCACACUGACCUUGUGCGAUAUGACCACAUCGACAUCCGCAUAUCUCAGAGACUCACGGAUGGAAGAGCGAGGUCGAGAAGCAAUUGGAGAAUUUGAUGUAGCGAUCGCACACAAAGAUGGGAAGCAUGAUGUGGUUGUUGAGCUGCUACUUGACUCGAUGCAUAAGUUUCCUCCAACACUCUUGUCACAGGCGGCAAAGAAAGGCCACGAGACUGUCGUAAGGCUGUUACUUCAGAAGGACAUGACUGAGCACGAGUCUUCGAAGACGGAAAGCUAUAUGGCGUUACUGUUGGCAGCUGAAGCAGGGAAUGCGGCUGUGGUCAAACUACUGCUUGACGCAGGCAGAUCGAACGUGGAUUUUGAUGCUUCUAGUACUGGCGCAGCGCUACUCAAAGCAGCAACCCUGGGGCAUGAGCAUGUUGUCAAGCUGCUCCUCGAAACAACCGACAUUAAGGUUGAUGUCAAAGACGAACAUGGACACACUCCGCUCUUACUGGCAGCAAGCCGAGGGAAACAAGCUGUAGUCAAGCUACUACUGGCGACAGGAAAGGUCGACUUGAAUAGUAAGGGUAUAUAUGGAGAUACAUCACUGUUCCAGGCGAUAGAUGGGGGUCACGAUGAGGUGGUCAAAUUACUAGUGAGGACAGGCAAUAUUGACCUCGGGGCUAAGAACCGGUUCGGAGAGACACCAUUGGAACGCGCGAUAAGCAAAGCACGACAAGCAGAACCUUUAUCGGCUUCGGAGCUUGGUAGCGUGGAAGACCAAUGGGGCAUGCUUAAUUGGCCAUCGGAAAGGGAACGAAGAGGCCUACAAGCUAUCAUUACAUUGUUGCAGGACACUGAAAAGAUAGAGGUGGAAACGAAGAAUAAACAACUGCAUGAGCCUGGCAAUGCUGAGGAGAUAGUAGAAGAUAUAGCAGAGGAGACAUUCUCCGUUAAAAGACUGCUAUCAAGGAAGAUGGCGAGAGGUAGACAGCGGAUGGCUAAACUACGGUAG